AGAUUUGAUUUGAUGUUGACAUUUGAAUGCCGACAGACUACUAAUUUCAAUAAAUUUAUUAAUUCCUUUUCUCAAGUUUUAUAACAAAUCAAAUCUUCGACACUUCAAGUACAUUUACUUGUUAUCGUUAUAAAAAAUAUCUGGGCGUGUCCGCAUAGGUUGUUUCAGUACUAUGGAAGACCUUACUGAUGUGUUCCUUACGCCGCUCCCAGAAUCUCCUUAUGUAAAGCCUUUGAGAUUUAAUUAUACUCAGAAUGGGAAAAGAAAGACAUGGGACCUCCUUCACGUUCACGACAGUGUGGCUAUCAUUGUAUUCAAUGUUUCUAGAAAAGUGUUGGUUUUUGUGAAGCAGUUCCGUCCAGCUGUUUAUUACAACUGCAUAUCUGACGAAGACCGGGAAAACUCUGUAAUAGAUACAGAAAAGUACCCAGCUUCUCUCGGCAUCUGCUUAGAGAUGUGUGCCGGCAUCAUAGACAAAAAACUGUCCAUAGAGGAUAUAGCUAGAGAGGAGGUUUUAGAGGAAUGUGGCUACAAUGUGGAUGUCAGUCAGCUGCAGAGAGUUAUGUCUUACAGGUCAGGUGUCGGAGUACAGGGUGCUUUGCAGACUCUGUUUUACUGUGAGGUCACAGAUGACAUGAAAGUUGAGGAAGGUGGCGGUGUAGACGAGGAAUUAAUUGAAAUAGUUGAAAUGAACAUAAAUGAGGUUGAAGAAUACGUGAGCUCCCCCGGCCCACUGACCAGCCCCCCGAGUUGUCUGUUUGCAGUCAUGUGGUUUCUGCAUCAUAAGGCCAACAAAUUCAGAAAGUCCUACAAACUUACUUGUGGCGAAUGCAAGAUGGUAAAAAUUUAAUGUAUGUACCUUUCAAAUAUUCCAUAUAGUUAUAUAAUUGUAGAAUUGUUUAUCAUUGUAUUCGUUUGCUCCUUGGAGAGUAACCUGAGGUUGUACUUUGACCACGACCCAGCUUAUUGACGAAAAGUUGAUAAGGCCGUUGUCUUAUAUUCCCUCUUUUUCAAUCUUUGAGGUUUACCGAUAUGAAAGAAUGAGAGAGAUAAAUCUAGCAUUGUCAACGUUCCAAAGGACGCAGGAGUGGUAAAUUCAGAAUAAAGAACGGCCGCCUGACCUCCGUGACGCUAUGAACAUGAAAUCCUAAUAUUUAUUGGUUCAUGGUUACACGUCGCUUGAGUGUGUACGUUUCGCCUUGUAUUUGUUAUGUAAUUAUUUGAUAAAGUAGUCGUAGUUUAUCAGUUGUUUAAUGCAAUGUAUGUUAUUGAUAUGAAUUUAAAGCCGAAACGAGGAAAAGUGAACUUUAUGUCUGCUGAAUAAAGUACAGUCUUUAAACUGCCUGAAAAUGUGACUUUAUUAGCGGUUGAUUUUAUCAGAAUUUUUACAGACGAACCAGCACGUCAUUAGGUAAUAAAUCUUUGAUUGCAAUGUUACAUUUCCAUUUUAAAUAAAAAUUGUAUUUUAAGAUUUUUUUUUAAACAAACAAAACUACUCUUAGAAACUAAUUAUGGCAAGACCUUCAAAAUUUUAAACAAUGUUGGCGUGUUAAAGCUGUUUCAGAAUUUUGAGAACAACAGUUCAAAAUUGCAAUUGAGAAUAUGAUAAGUUACGUUGUUCAAGUACCUACUAACAUAGAAAGUUAUGUAGACGAGACCAAUUGAUUUAAUAUAAUGUAUAUUUUUAAAAUGACGUCCGGUGAAAAUGUUGUAGAGUAGUUUGUUCCGCCGCUUCUUCUACACAUGCGCUUUCGAAGCGGUAAUAGUUAUAAUAAGAUUUAAAUGAUGUGCCGUCAAUAAGUGAUACCUUGUAUCCAAUUUUAAAAAUAAAUCUAUUCUAAUAAGUAGCUGUAUUUAGUUACAAUGUAGAUGUUUAGUUAGUAUUUGACUUAGUUUUUUUUUUGUUUUAAGAUUAGGCAUUCUCGGCAGAGUGUUAGCGCCCCGCGGCAGUGAGCCCAGAAGGCUGCCAACAAAACACUUUGGAUGACAAAGUGGUUUGUCAUGUGAAAAAAUCCUUAUUCCAGCGAGGUACCUAGCUCUUCUGUGUGUUAAAAUGAUGUGUUUAAAAAUUAUAAUAACGCUAUAUUGAUAAUUAAGAAGUCAUAAUGAGUUAUUGUUUUUUUUCCUUAAAGUAAUAAUUAAAACGCUAUACAGAUCAUUAAGAAGUCAUAAUGAGUUUAUUUUUUAUAGGACAAGUUUUAUUUUAUCUUCUUAAAGUCAAAGUCUUCAAUUGUAAAAUCAGAGUACCUAUAAAGCAAAGUCGCUCUCCUUCUAAACUCAACGGAUUUUGAUGCAGUUUUAACUGUUAUGUAGACAUACUUUGAAGGACACCGCACGGGCCGCGUCGCUAGUUCUAAUUUCAAAUAAUUAUUAAGAAAUUUGAAUUAUUAUUGUAUUUAAAUACUAAGCUUUUGCAAUAUUUUUAUAAUUCCAUAUGACCAGUUCCAGCUUUUUAAAAAUUGUAACUGUGAUUUUAUGCCUUCUGUGAUUAUAAAUAUGAAUUAUGAACUAUU